CGAUAGCACUUAUAAUUUUCUAAUUUAUAUAUGAAAUUUAUUAACGUAUUACUGUUGCCAUGAUGCUGCUGCGGCUGCGGCUGAGGCCAUAAAUUAAGGAACAUCCGAGUGCCACGCCGCAAAACUCAGACGGAAAGCGCAGCGCCAUGGCCAAAUGUAAUCGCGUGUGGCCCAUUCUAAUUCUUCUCACGGUGUCCGUAGUGCUCGUCUGGCGGAACUUACAACAGGCUCAGCAUCUGAGUCAGCCACAGAUAUCCAGCAAAAGCGUAUCCCAUUUCACCCAUAAUGAAGUCAACGAAUCUUUGUUCACCACCGAGGAAUAUCCCGAGGAUUAUCCACAAGUGGAAGAGCCACCCGUUCCGCCGCUAACACCACGCGGCCAGAUACUUCAGCAAUUAUUGAAAUGCCGCACACGCAAUCUGACAUUUGCGCGGCUGCAACAUGGGGAAUACUGGCUCUUGCAGAAUCUGAUUAUUGGUCGCAAAAGUCGUUUGAUACGCUGCACGGAAGCGAUAACCUACACCACCAAUGGGGACUAUACGUUCUUCGAUAAUCUGGAAAUGGUGGCAGAACGUUGGCGCGCACCCAUUAGCUUUGCCAUCCAUGCACCUGGCUAUGAUCUAAACACAACGCUGGACUCGAUACAAUAUGUGAAAAAUUGUCUGCCUGGCAGCGAGUACAUCAACGACUAUGUGACCUUUCAUGUGUAUUUCUCCAAUUUGCAUAUGCCCCAAUAUGUGCCACACGAUGCGGAAGAAGUGCUGCAGCGGCCAUAUAUUUGUCAGCUAAAAAAUGGUAACACAGCACCGCCGCCCUGGACUUUGAGACCACGCAGCGUCAUGUACAAGGUGGCUGCAAAUCUGACAUAUCCGAUCAAUGUCGGCCGGAAUAUAGCACGACAGGCGGCCAACACGUACUUUAUUUUUGCCUGCGACAUCGAACUGUAUCCGAGCGUGGGAUUUGUGGAGCAGUUUCUCGAUAUGGUGGCCGGCAAUCAUAGCAUUUUGGCACUGGAUCCGGGACAGCCACGUAGGGUUUAUCCUUUGCCCGUCUUUGAGCUAAACUCGGGUGUACCCAUACCCAAUAACAAGACGGAGCUGCUGGCCCUCUAUCGUGAUGAGAUGGCUCAAACGUUCCACAAGCGGAUGUGUGCCUCCUGUCACACGGUGCCUGGGCAGGAGGAGUGGCUGAAGCGUGCACCCAGUUUCACGGAUGAGCUCCACGUGUGGAGCGAAACAUUGCGGGAGCAGGAGUUUAAGCAUUGGGAGCCCUUCUAUGUGAGCGACAAUAAGGAGCCAAUGUUUGACGAGCGUGUGACGUGGGAGGGGCAGUCCAACAAGCGGAUACAGAACUAUGCCAUGUGCCUCUUGGGCUAUGAAUAUCACGUCCUGCAUCCCGCCUUCCUCGUCCAUAGUCCUGGCAUCAAGAAGAAAAAUAGCUGGAAAUCAUCGCGCACGAUAUUUGCCAAAGAAAUGACACGAUUCAUUAAACAUAAAAUCGAGCCAGAGUACCGAGUGUUGUAUGGCAGACGAAUGACCUGCACAACGUGACAUGGAAACUAAAACUAAAACAGAAUUAAGUUACAGAAAGUGAUAUUCUCCAUUUAUUUGCUAAGUGUUUUAUAGUGCAAUUUUGUCAUAAGUUCAUUUGUUAUUUACAAUUAAAAUGUACAAAUUGUAGGCUUUAAGCGAAUCGUUGUUGGAAUAUCUGAAAAUAGCGCGAAGUGCGCGAACGCGUGUACCAGUUCUGGGCAAAAUCCUUUGGCACUAAACUGUAAUUAAAAAGAUACUUUAAGUAGGGUUUAGGGGGCUUGCCAUGUCCACACACCUUAUCAUUUUACUGUAGAACAAAUGCCAGAUAUGCCACGAACGCGAGCUUCUGGUUUGGCUAACAUUUACAUGAGCCUUGGGCUGGCAGUUCUGCCAGCUAUCAAGGCUGCGCCGUAUGAGAAAGGCACCAUCCAGUAUAAUAAAAGUGUAAUUCAAGUCAAUUAAUAUCUGGCCCUAGGGAAAAGAAUUUUAAGAUUGUUAAUGGAGAUUGCUUGGAAAAUAGAGGAAUAGAAAUGUAGUUUAGAGUUAUAAAAAUCCACAUAAAACUCCAUUUUUAAGCC